AUGGCCCCUCGUCUCGUCAACUAUCUCUCAUUUCGAGAGCCCGAAUUAGGUGUGCCACGGAUCGGCCAUGUAGAUUGGGAGAGCAGGACCGUCCAGCCUCUCGCAUUGGCAUCAGGAUUCCCGCUCCAAACUCUAUACCAGGUGAUUGCCGUGGAAAGCGCGGGCAUCAAGCCCGUGGGAGAGCCCCUGAAGCUUGAUGCGGUGGAAAUCCUACCACCAAUCACUGGCCGUGAUAUCCUUGCCGUGGGAAAGAACUACGCGGAGCACGCAAUCGAAUUCAAUAAGUCUGGCUACGACAGCUCCGAUAAGGUGGACCAGCCAUCGCAUCCGGUCAUCUUCACGAAGCGCGCAACAUCGAUUGUGCCGGAUGGAUCUCCUAUUGCGUUCAACCCGUCUUUCACGCAAACAUUGGACUACGAGGGCGAGCUGGGAGUCAUUGUCGGGAAGGCUGGCCGUGGAAUCAAGGCUAAAGAUGCCAUGGAUCAUGUAUGGGGGUAUACUAUCAUCAACGAUGUGACCGCUAGAGAACGACAGCGUGAUCAUAAACAGUUCUUCAUUGGGAAGUCCGGUGAUACCUACUGCCCUAUGGGGCCUGUUGCCGUUCCUGCAUCUGCUCUGCCGGAAGUUCUUACGGUCCAAACGUUCGUGAACGGCGAGAAACGCCAGGAGGCAACGACACAAAGUCUGAUUUUCUCAAUUCCUACCCUGCUAGAGACAAUAUCAGAGGGAAUGACUCUUCAGCCCGGUGAUGUUAUUGCGACUGGAACACCUGCGGGCGUCGGCUUUGGGCAGAAUCCGCCCACUUACCUUCAGCCAGGUGAUGAAGUGACUGUGAAGAUCACAGGGCUUGGUAGCUUGACGAAUAAGAUAGCAGACGUAUCUUUUGUGCCAUCUGUCGAAGCUCCAUCUGACUUGAAUUUGCCGGCCAUCAAUACGUCCAAGACUGUUACCGGGAACACGCUCACAACGAUAAAUGGAAAGCCUCUAUACUACAAGUCUCAAGGGGCUGGAGACAAGAACAUCGCCCUCAGCCUCGACAAGUCUUAUCGGCUUCACUUGGCGGAUCUUGAAGGUCACGGUCUUUCUCCGACAUCUGCCGUUUCAAUUAUCACUAUUGAAUCCCUCGCUAGUGAUCUGGAAGGGAUCUUCGCAAUGACAAGCGUCACCUCACCAGACACGACCAUUGUCGCCCAUUCAAUGGGCUGCUUAGUGGCUCUGCAGUUCGCGAUGCAGAAUCCCAACCUCGUUAAAAAGCUUAUUCUGCUUGGCCCUCCUCCCAAUCCAUUACCAGACCCUGCCGUGAAGGCAUUCCAUGACCGAGCAGCUCUUGUUCGUAAGAACGGCAUGCUUGCUAUUGUUGAUGCGGUCUCUUCAGCUGACACCUCACAACGGACACAAUCUUCUUUUGGGCCCUACGGCGUACGCCUCAGCCUUCUCGCUACUGAGCCUGAGUCAUAUGCUAAGGCCUGUACUGCCCUUGCCGAAUUCAAGGGACUGGACCUCGGAAAGAUUCACAGUGAUACCUUAAUCGUGACUGGAGAUGAAGAUAGAAUUAGUCCGCCAGCUCUUUGCGCCGGGUUUGCAGAGAGGAUCCCUGGCUGCCAACCGCCGGUGGUGCUGCGUGAUGUUGGUCAUUGGCAUACCUUGGAAGACCCUCAGGCUGUUGCCAAUGCCAUUCGAGGAUUUCUCUAA